AUGGAAAAGUCGGGGACCCUGCGGGCGCGCCUGCAGGGGCGCAGCGCGGGCAAACACGCAGCGCACAGGUUUGACGUCUCCACUGUCUAUCCCAACCAGAAGAAGUUCAGCGCCUUCAGGGAGGCCCCGUACUCCAGGGUUUACUCUGUGGAUGUGUCCCACAUAGGACCUGGGACCUAUGGUUGCAAGGAGACCUGCUUCCGCAUCAAGAAGUUGAAGAAGGAGGUGGGCACAGGCUGCGCCAAGGCCCAGGAAGCCACCUGGCUGACGCAACUGCCCCACUUCCAGUACCGGGCCAUCCUGAAAGAGAAGCGGCAGCAGAAGGAAGAGCUGGGGCCUGGCUCCUACAACUCCAAAGACUUCUUAGAAGAGUUGCAGGAGAAACCGGGCAGCACCCGGGGGCUGCUCAGCUCCGGGGAGAUUCGCUUCCGAGGACUCAUUGGGAACUACUAUCCAGGCCCUGGAAAUUAUGGGGAGAAGGGCAACCCAUACACGAAGCUGGAGGAGAGUGCCUGGAACCGGUCUCAUUCCAAGGGCCUCAUGUGCAGGAUGACCAACAAGCCGCCCCCCUUGGCUCAUCAGGGGAACAGUCUGGCACUGGGCACCUACACCUUCAAAAGUGGCAUCGAGGCGUACCUGGCACGAUCCAUGGGCACCCGCGGCCUCUAUGACACUUUCUCGGGUGACCAAAGCAAGCUUCAGCCUUAUGGACAUUACUCUGUGCGGAAAAAACGGCCCAGGGAACUGAUGAAUUUCAAGAGCUUCGUGGAAGAACUUAAGUCAUGUCACAAUAAGAAGCGUGGAGUUUUUUCAAAAGUUCCCCGCAACCCGGAAGCCCCUCCAGAAAGAAUUUAUUGGGCCACACUUAGCCAGUGUCCCCCAAAACUAGCCAUGUCUAGUCCCAGUACGUGGCUUCCUCCAGAGAAGGAAUGCAGACACAUCAACCAACCACCGUUCCUGCUGUCUCCCAAGAGGAUAGGCAUAAAGGCCUCCCCGAUGAUUCUGGGAACCUGGAACCCCGUGGGUGUGGGUCGCUACCUCAACACCCAGCUGAUGGAGACAAAGGACCAUCGGCAGCGAUACCGGUCCCUGUUCAUGGGUGGAUCCAAGCGCUACCUCUCGGACCCAGCCCGGGAGAGGCUCAUGCAGGAAAGAAUCACACCUUUUACUAGGGGGAAGUGCUCUCCAACUCUGGAUUACAAUUCAGAUCCUAUUCCUUAA